AUGACCAGGUUAUUGAGUGAAAGCCAGGAUCAUUCACAAGCGAAUUCUUACAACAAAUAUCCAUCCUAUCCUUACUGGAUCUAUCCUGUGCCAGUUUAUGCCAUGCGAACUGUCCAUAUACCGGAAAAGCCCUCGCAGCCUACGCCAACAACUUCAACAACCACGUCUGUUGGGUUUUCCAGUCGUUUACAAACAACGCCUAUUCCGUAUGGAUUCAAGGAAAACGUGAAUUCAGAAAAUGAGCCCAAGAGCAAGUCACAUUUGUCGCAGAUGUUUAUUAGUCAGGCGUGUCUGUGGAUCUUGUUGGCGGCGCCCGCCUGGAGCCAGUCAAAAGUUGAUCGCAGCCAGUUGAGAAUGAAUAUUCCAGGUUGGGAUAUAAGCGAUUUGUAUUCGCGGAUAACGAACGCAUUUAGCGCACCACACAAGAAGCAGAAGGUCCACAGACAGAAAGUGGAUCCUGCUGCCAUCGAUGAUUACUAUAACAACUAUUGGGAGAACUACUAUUACCAUAAUCCGCCGUAUGUGGAAUACGUGCCUUGGCCGCGUCCGCCACCCAGACCCAGACCCACACGCAGGCCUCGACCCACGACGACCACCAGAAGUCCUUUGACUACAAGCACAGCGGCUGCGACUACAACCACGGCCGCUACAACUACCUCAACCACAACUCCAGCCACUACAGCUUCAACCACCACGCCUAGGCCUAGCACAAGUGCAACCGUAACCACGGCGCCGCCUCCUACAAGCACAUCGCCUCCUUCGAGCACACCGCCUCCUACAAGCACCAUCACAACCAACCAACCUGUCAGAGAAUAUAUUGUAUCGAACUUCGCUGACGAUUAUAGUGCACCAGAAGCUGAGCUGAAGCCGGAGCAACAGUUGUCCAUCAAAUCGCGACCGCAAUCUGUGACCUCACUGUGCCAUUAUCAUCCCAAGCUCUGCGAUCAGCCCGAUGAGGCGCACUUUAUGGAACUAACCGAUGGCAAUGGCAAUCCACUUAUAUUGAUAGCUCCAGCUACAACCAACCGACAAACAUUCAGGCACACAUUGAGGCCCACACGCCGAUACAAUAGUCAGCGAAUACGCAGCAAGAGCAAGAAUAAAAUUUAUAUGAUAACACCCAAGGCUAAGCAAAAGAGUUCCAGCAUUAAAUUAAUUUCAAGAAGUCGCUAUCAUAAAUGA